AUGGGUAUCCUCACCGUUGUUGAAGAGCGGCCAACGCCGCCGUCGGUUUACAACUGGCGCAUCUAUGUGCUCGCCAUCAUCGCGUCCUGUGGAUCUUGCAUGAUCGGAUACACCAGCGCAUUUAUCGGAACAACGGUAGCUCUCGACUCUUUCAAGGACGAGUUCGGACUCAAAGACAUCUCCAGCGCGGCAAGAAACCUUAUCAGCGAGAACAUCGUUUCUCUGUUUGUUGCAGGUGCUUUCUUUGGAGCCCUCCUCACAUACUGUCUCAGCUACUUUAUCGGUCGCAAGUGGUGCUUAGCGAUUGGCGCCACCACGUUUUCGCUCGGUGCUGGACUUACCUGCGGUGCUACUGGUAACACUGGCUUGGGAAUCUUGUACGCUGGACGCGUUUUUUCUGGACUUGGAACUGGCGUCGCGUCGAACAUCAUCCCUAUUUACAUCUCCGAAUUGUCGCCUCCUGCUAUCCGUGGUCGUCUCGUUGGUCUUUACGAACUUGGGUGGCAGAUUGGUGGUCUUGUAGGGUUUUGGAUCAACUUCGGUGUCGAAGCCCACGUCCCCCCUGGCCGAACUCAAUGGAUCAUACCCUUCGCCGUUCAACUUAUUCCAUCCGGUCUGCUGUUGAUUGGCUCUUGCUGGAUUCGAGAGUCCCCGAGAUGGCUCUUUCUCAAGGACUAUCGCAAGCAGGCGAUGGACAACCUCUGCUGGAUUCGACAAUUGGAACCGAACGACAUCUACAUCCAGGAGGAGAUUGCUGCUAUUGACAAGAUCUAUGAGCUUCAGAAGUCCACUGUGGGACUUGGCUUCUGGCAGCCUUUCCAGGCACUUGGUCAACGCCCUAACCUUCAGUGGAGACUGUUUUUGGGUUGUAUGCUCUUCUUCUGGCAGAACGGAUCCGGGAUCAAUGCGAUCAACUACUAUUCUCCCACCAUCUUCUCAAGCAUUGGCAUUGAUUCGAAUACUGUGAACUUGAUGACGGGCAUUUUCGGUGUCAUCAAGGCUGUCAUGACCUUCGUCUGGCUGUUGUUCCUGGUUGAUCAGCUUGGAAGACGUAAGCUUCUACUGAUUGGUGCCAUCACCGGCUCCAUCUGCAUGUGGGUCAUCGGCGCGUAUGUCUGCGUCGUCGAGCCGACGAAGAACCCUCAGGAUCACUUGACCGGCAGUGGCUAUGCUGCUAUCGUCUUCUUCUACCUCUGGACUGCAGUCUAUACCCCGACAUGGAACGGCACCCCUUGGGUCAUCAAUUCCGAAUUCUUCGACCCCAACUUUCGUUCUUUGGCAGGCGGCGCCACCACGGCAAGCAAUUGGCUGUUCAACUUUCUCGUAUCGAGGUUCACGGAGCAGAUGUUUGCGGCUAUGGGCUAUGGCGUGUACUUCUUCUUCGCCUCGCUCUCCUUCUUGGCAUUUUUCUUCGCCUUUUUCCUUAUUCCAGAGACCAGUGGCGUUCCGCUUGAGAAGGUUGACCGCCUCUUCGAGAUCAAGCCUGUAUGGAAGGCAAACGAGACGUUGAUGGCUCAGUUGAGAGAAGAGGAGGUGCAGUUCCGCACAGACGCCAAGGGCGAGGCUACGCACAAGGAGGUUGCUAACGGCAACAAGUCUGAGUCUGACUCAGCUUAG